AUGGCGGCGUGUAUUGGAAUAGCCGUCCUUCUAUUGGCGGCUGUACGCCCGCGUGACCUCCCACCAACGCCACUUCCCUGCGGCUGUCCUGGGCUGCCAUACGGCUGCCCGUCGACAGCGGUGAGCCCCAUUUACGUGACCCUCCCCGCACCACCACCCAUGUACGUCACACCGCCCGCCCUGCCUCCGAUGUAUAUCGAACUGCCCAUGCCGCCCCCGAUCACUGUAUCGCCUCCGCCUUCUCCCCCGAUGUGCAUAACUCCGCCACCGCUGCCGCCCAUGACGAUCGCUCUACCACCGCCGCCUCCGAUGACAGUCUCGCCGCCCCCUCCCCCUCCGAUGUGCGUCUCACCACCACCGCUACCGCCGAUGAGCGUCAGCCCUCCGAUGCCGCCGCCUUUGAUUCUGGAGCUGCCGUUGCCGCCUCCGAUUGUGAUCGAGCUGCCGGCGCCCCCACCGAUCGUGGUUCAGCCGCCGCCCCUGCCCAGAGUGAUGAUUCAGCCGCCUCCGCUGCCGCCGAUGUCCGUGCAGCCGCCGUGCCCGCCGCCUAUGAUGGUGCAGCCGCCCCCACCGCCUCCGAUGUGCAUUCAGCCACCAGCACCGGGUCCCAUCACCGUUCAACCACCGUGCCCAGAGCCGAUGUUCGUCCAGCCACCACCGCCAUGCCCCAUCAGCGUUCAGCCACCUCCCCUACCGCCGAUCUGUGUGCAACCACCGCCUCCGCCCACUAUGUGCAUCCAGCCACCUGCUCCUGAACCCUUCUGCAUCCAACCCCCAGCCCCAUCACCAGUGUGCUUCCAACCACCACCCCCUCCCCCGAUAUGCUGUGUAGCCUCACCUCCGGCCUGCGAUUGCUUGCCACCAUGCUCCCUACUGUCAACAGCCUUACCAUCACCUAUAUAUUUA